UGCUCAGCUGUUUUGAUGAAUCGUCGAUCCACUGGCUUGACGUUGACAGACAGAGUUUCCGUGAUUUUUCAGAGCUUGCUAUCUUCCCGUCAAAACCAAGGCAGAUGUGGAGUGACUGCCCAAAUUUCUGACAUAUCUGUGCCACAAUUUUCUAACGGAGCUUUUUAUAUAUUUUCUAAAGUUAGAGACUUUUAGAAAAGAAAGCAAAUUAUCAAACUUGGCAUCGUUACUCAAGAAAUAACAACUAUGAAUGAAUUAACUCAAGAGGAAAUAAGACGAAGAAGGUUAGCUCGCUUAGCGGGUUUAGGAUCAAGCAAUGCUUCACCGAGUACAAACAGUAGUUCUGUACCCACUUCUCCUGAUACACCAGGACCUUCAAAUAUUUCACCAAAUUCAACUGCACCACUUCUACCACAACAGCAACAAGUGACAAUGGAUGUUGAGGAAAACAGUGAAAAACAGUGCAGUACAUCCGGUAUUGAUGUUGAUUCAGGAAUUGAAAAUAUGGAAGUUGAAGAAUCUGAUAGGAAAGAAGCAACACCCAGAUCACGAACUACUAGUUCCAGUAUCGAAGUAACUCUGGAUCAAGUUCAUGCUGUAAUAUCGCGAGUGCUUUGCGUCACUUGGAAAGAAUCAACGGAGGGUUUUAUAUUUUUACCUGACACUGCAAAAACUGUUCAGGAACAAAAACAAAUGGAUUCCUCGGAUAUAAUAAGUGAAGCAUUAAUGGAAGUUCUCUAUAUGUUUUCACGCGAUGAAGAUCCUUUGAAGGAAAUCACAAUGGACGUUUCACUUGACCUAGAGGAUAGUCCCAAUAGUCAAACGAGUCCUUUAUUAAGUCCAAUAAUGACACUUCCCAACAGUCCUCUUCCUCUGAUCUUCAGCGAAAAAUCGGUACCAAAAAGUCUUACUUAUUUACUAGAUUGCUAUACUCGAGUUGCAAUUGAAGAGAGAAAUCAUCCAAAAAGAUCGAGCAGUCCACCUCUUUCGGAAGUAUUAGCCAUUCUUCGUGCACAGUGUAUUCAACAUACAAAUCUUGUUCUCCAAGGACUAGUUGGUCUCUCACUUAAUACAACUCCAUCUUCAAAUUCCUCGAUUAUGAUUUAUCCUCUUCUAUCACAAAAAUUACCACGUGGUUUUCUUCAUGAACUCGUUGCAAGAACGCACACACAAUCGCAAACAUUUAAUAAAAUAUUCACACCUCUUCUUCAAGCCCUUUAUUUAGCGAUGCAACAGGGUAGUUUAGUUGGGAAUACACAUCGUCGACCCAUCGAGGCUUUAGAGGAAUUAAUUGAUAUUCGCGUUGGAACAAAUGGUACCGCACGACCCAUAUGUCGACUUUUAACACAGCAAAUACAAUUUCUUCCUGAUGUGAUGACAAGCGCAGUUGGUAGAGAAUUAGCGAGAACAUCAUUUCUUGGACCAUUCUUUUCAGUUUCAGUAUUUGCCGAAGAUCAGCCAAAAGUUGCUGAAAAAUUCUUCAGUGGAAAUCCAUCGACUGACAAAUCAAUGAAUUUAACACUUCAACAGGAAUUGGAAAGUAUUAGAACGUCAUUACAUAAAAUUUUACAUGCAAUUUUGGCAAAUGGUAAUUGUCGUAAAACAACAUUAGAUUAUCUCGCAGCAUUAUUAAAACACAAUGAGAAACGAACACAAAUUCAAGCAGAAGAAUUUUCCCUCGCUGGCGAUGGUUUUAUGCUCAAUUUAUUGUCUGUUCUACAAAUGCUCUCGGUGAAAAUUAAAUUGGAUACAAUUGAUUCAAUGUAUCCAUUUCAUCCAAAUAGUUUAGUUGACGUCAGUAAUGAGACACGAUUAAAAUUGUCCUCGCAGGAAGUUGAGGAUUGGCUUAAAGAAACGAGUAAGACACAUAAAUGGACAGAGGCGAAAUUUCCCACUCAAUGUUGGUUUUUGACUUUACAUUGUCAUCAUAUAGCUCUACUUCCGGUAUUGCAAAAAUAUCAAAGGCGAUUGAGAGCGCUUCGUGAUUUACAAAAAAUGUUGGAUGAAUUGCAAUCGAGCGAAGCACAAUGGAAAGAUGGUCCUUUCGCUAGUCGCAAUAAGGAAUUUAUAAAACGUUGGAAACAACAAUUAAAACAUCUUGGUAAAUCUAAAUCAUGCGCCGAUGCUGGAUUAAUUGAUCCAGUUUUGCUUAGUCGUACACUUCAUUUUUAUGCAUCUGUUGCUUCAAUUUUAUUGGGACUUUUGACACAAACUGAUCCCAACAGCGCACUUCCUGAACUUCCACUUCCACAGGAGGUACCUAAUGUUUUUACUGCUCUUCCCGAGUGGUAUGUUGAAGAUAUCGCUGAAUUUUUGCUUUUUACUCUGCAAUUUAGCCCCGCAGUGGUAGUAAAUAAUAUGGAUAAUUCAUUGAUCACGUGGCUUCUUGUUAUGGUUUGUACACCACAUUGCAUUAGAAACCCCUAUCUAAUCGCAAAGGUCAUUGGAGUUAUAUUCAUCAUUACUCCAGUUGUACAGGGACGAACUGAAGCACUUCACGAGCAAAUAAUGUCUCAUCCAAUAUCAAGAACACAUUUAGCAUCUUAUUUAAUGAAAUUUUACACAGACGUGGAAACAACUGGAUCGAGUUCAGAAUUCUACGAUAAAUUCUCAAUUCGCUAUCACAUAAGUGUGAUAUUAAAAUCAAUGUGGGAUAGUCCAAUUCAUCGUGCGUCUAUCGUUAACGAAAGUAACAAUGGAAAACAAUUUGUUAAAUUUAUUAACAUGUUAAUGAAUGACACGACCUUUUUGCUGGACGAAAGUCUCGAGUCUCUUAAACGAAUUCAUGAAGUUCAAGAAUUAAUGUUAGAUGAAGCUGGUUGGUCGGCAUUUACACAGGAACAACAACAGUCUCGCACAAGACAAUUAACUGCUGAUGAACGUCAAGCGAAAUCAUAUUUGACAUUAGCAAAAGAAACUGUUGCCAUGUUUCAUUAUCUUACUGUAGAUAUAAAAGAACCUUUCCUGCGACCAGAACUUGUUGCAAGACUCAGUGCCAUGCUGAAUUUUAAUUUGCAACAACUUUGUGGUCCUAAAUGUAAGAAUUUAAAAGUGAGAAAUCCACAAAAGUAUGGUUGGGAGCCAAGAAAUUUGCUUAGUCAGUUGGUUGAUAUUUACCUACAUCUAGACUGUGAUAAUUUUGCUGCGGCGUUAGCUAGUGAUGAACGUUCAUUUUGCAAAGAAUUGUUUGCGGACGCAGCAAACAGACUGCAAAAAUCGGCAAUAAAAACAACGACUGAGAUUGAGCAUUUUAGAGGAUUGGCCGAACGAGCUGCAAUUAUUGCAAGAGAUAAUCGAGCACGUGAUGUUGAUUAUGGUGAUGCUCCUGAGGAAUUUAGAGAUCCUCUAAUGGAUACGCUUAUGGAAGAUCCCGUUAAACUUCCCUCGGGAAUUGUUAUGGACAAGGCAGUUAUCAUUAGACACUUGUUAAACAGUGCUACUGAUCCAUUCAGUCGUCAGCCUCUCAGCGAAGAUAUGCUCACACCAGAUCGCGAUUUAAAAGAGAGAAUAUCAGCUUGGAAGCAGCAAAAGCAGAAAUCAGAAAACAUAUAAUUGUCUUCUAGAAAAUAAAAACGAGUUGAAAAAAAAAAUAAAAUCUUGAAUUGUCUCGUGAGUAGUGAAUGGUGAAUAUUUUGUCAUCUGAUAUAAAAUAUAACUACAAAAUUCGAAACAGUCGCAGUGCAAAAAAAAAAAAAAAAAAAAAAGAUCUCACUCUAUUUGUGAAAAAUUGUUGCGCUCAAUAAAUUUACAGUUUUAUAUAUACAUAGAUGGUGAAGAGACUGCUGAUGCGAAACUGCCAGUAUAUAAAUUUAAAUUAUCAUCGGACGUGAGAAUAUUGUAAAUAUUAAGC